AGGGGAUAUAAGAGGAAUAAAUGAUAAUGGAAGAAAUACAAAUAAAAUUUUUUACAAAGCGAGUACUCGGGCCACGCUCCUUGCAAGGAGGCCGGGGAACAGAGCCCGUGAUAGUCCUGAGCCCGCCUCCCCUGGCCUGGACGAAGGCGAUCUUUUCGUCCAAAAGGCUUUUGCGUGCCCAACUGACUUUUCUCCCAGAUGCUCCACUCGCCUUUCUCACGGACUCCGGGAUUUUCUGCCAGGCUUGAGGUCUCAGGGCGGGGUUUCAGCGUGACCAAACCACGCCAGUCAAUGCGGAAACAGGAAGCCAAGGAGCUGCUAGGCGGUUUUCGGAGGACGUGUGACAAGUUGGGGCCCUUGCAGGGGGUGCUGUGCAGGGGUUUUCCGAUCUGGUCUGUGUCGUGCUGAGAGCCCAGUGCAAGUACAUGGCUAAGACCUGAACACCAUCUGCAUCUUACCCAGGAUUCCACUUUCCUCCUGGUGAAUUCUUGAUGGAUCUGAAUCUUGGUUGCUGGCAGCUCCUCUGCAGGAGAAAUGGCUACUAUCAGAUUUGGGUUUGGAAGACUGAAUUUUCUUCUGUUAAAGAGGAGGAGUUUCUUGCUGUUGAAACUCAUAGCUGUUGUCUUUGCUGUGCUUCUAUUUUGUGAAUUUUUAAUCUAUUACUUAGUGAUCUUUCAGUGUAAUUGGCCUAAGGUAAAAACUUCAGCCUACCACAGUGAACAAGAGACUCAUGAAACUGUUCUGAAAGCCAUGUUUUUGGCUGAUACCCACUUGCUUGGGGAAAUAAGAGGCCACUGGCUAGACAAGUUACGAAGAGAAUGGCAAAUGGAGAGAGCCUUCCAGACAGCUCUGUGGUUGUUGCAGCCGGAAGUUGUCUUCAUUUUGGGGGACAUCUUUGAUGAAGGAAAGUGGAGCUCCUCUCAGGCCUGGGCAGAUGAUGUGGCGAGGUUUCAGAAGAUGUUCAGACACCCGCCCCAUGUGCAGCUGAAGGUGGUUGCUGGCAACCAUGACAUUGGCUUCCACUACCAGAUGGACACAUAUAGAAUAAAACGAUUUGAUAAAGUUUUCAACCCUGAAAUGCUGUUUUCAUGGAAAGGAAUCAAUUUUGUGAUGGUCAACAGUGUUGCAUUGGAAGGGGAUGGCUGCAACAUUUGCUCUGAAGCAGAAGCUGAACUCGUGAAAAUUUCUCACAAACUGAAUUGCUCCCGAGAGGUUAAUGGACUGAUAUCUGACCAGAAACAGCGUGCUAGCCACUGUAAGAAUGGGCAGCUGCGGCCGGCAUCAGCCCCAGUCCUUCUGCAGCAUUUUCCACUUUACCGGAGAAGUGAUGCUAACUGUUCUGGGGAGGACGCUGCACCUCCAGAAGAAAGGAGCGUUCCCUUUAAGGAGAGAUAUGACGUGCUUUCUCGGGAGGCCUCACAAAAGCUGCUGUGGUGGCUCCAGCCUCGCCUGGUCCUGAGUGGCCACACGCACAGCGCCUGCGAGGUGCUCCACGGGCCAGGGGUCCCCGAGCUCAGUGUGCCUUCUUUCAGCUGGAGGAACAGACACAACCCCAGUUUCAUCAUGGGCAGCAUGACGCCCACAAAGCAUGCCCUGGCCAAGUGCUACCUUCCCCUUGAGGACACGGUUCUGAUCACAUACUGUGGAGCAGCUGGGUUCCUUGUGGUCAUUAUAUUAGUUGACCUUGGACUUCUAGCCUCACCUUUUCUUCUUGGUUGUAAGCUGCUCAGAAAAUUUAAGACAGUGUGAAGAGCAGGAGACUUUUUGCAUUUAGUAAUAAAUAUCAAAGCCAAAGAAACUGAACAUCAGGCAGUGCUCAUGUGAGAUGAGACCAAAAUAGACUGUCUUUAUGCACAUCAUAAAAUUCUAAAUCAUUGGUGUAAAUUACUGCAGAAUAAAUAGUUGAUUGUACUGUUUUCAUGCUAUAAAAAUGGAACAUGUAGUCUACGACAACUGUGCUUUCUCAUUAUAUCAAAUAUCUGUAUAAUCAAAGAUGAUAACUGUACAGUAUGUAAAUGCUAUUAAUGUCAUCAUAUGCAUGCACUAGACAGUUCUUCCUUCCCCAAGGUGGAGCCAGUAGCCUUGGAGCACACUUGGGAUUAGUUAUACACAAACCAAACACUGGGUUUGCUUCUGUCCUCCCAAAAAGCUGUUCUCAAAUUCCUAUAUAUUAUAAAGCUGUACACUGAAAAUAAAUGUACAGAUGCUACAAGCAGGAAUGUAUUAUUUACACAGACUUUUGUACUUCUGUGCUAAAUUAAUAGAAUCAAAUUUUUAGGUAAGUGUAAUUUUCUGUCCAGCAGACUGAGUUGUUAAAUUUGAAUUUAAUGUCUGUCAUUGAUCAAAAUAAAUGUGAAAAAUGGACUAGGAAGUGGCUUUGUCUUUAAAAAUAAAUAUCUUGAUAAUUUUAAGCCAGAUUAAAAUAUAUUCUUUUUGUAUUUUUUCUAAGAGUGUAGUUCUUUUUUUCAGUCAAACUUUUAAAUAGAAAGUUUGGUUACUGGGGAGUUACUGAGUAAUAGUGCAUGUAACAAUGUACUGUUUCGUUUCGUGUCUGUAUAUGUGGGGGUAUAUCUGUUCAGAUUUUCCUUCAUUUUUUUAUUUUGAAGGCGCAAUGAAAACUCAAAAGUUCUGCUUUAUAUGUUUCAUUUCAACUGAGAGUUUUGUCAAAAAGCUAAGAAUGAGAGGGGCAGGGAUUCGGUGAUAAUGAAAUAAAAUAUGUGUUUGUUGCCUUGA